AGGAGUUUCGCCCGAAGAACAGCGACCACGCAAAAUGAUUACGGAUUUGAACAGCUUUCUCUAUGGGCCCGCAGACAGCGACGACGAUGCGGAAGAUUUGUAUUUCUCCGAGGACGUCUUGCGGGAAUUCGCCAAGACACCUAUCUUUGCUAAGAUCGAUGCAGCCGAAGAACGUUCGACUGAUGAACUGAAACGCGAGCUUGGGCUCCUUCCUGACUGUACCAAAGGGGAAAAGAGCGUUAAUGAGAAGCACAUGAGCAAGAAGCGCAAGCUGAAUGGUGCUGCUUCUUCUUCCAGAGUGGCCACUACCGAUGCUUCGCAUUCCAGCCACGACCACCACGCAGAGGAUGCACAAUUUACGCCCCGGAACAUGGAGAUGAACCGGUCGGUAAACGACGAGAAUUAAACGAAGAAAUUGACCAGGAGUACUAGCGUUCCAGAAGGUGGAUUGUUACCAUAUUUUAGCAGUUUUCACUAUAUCCCUCGAACAGAGACAAGGGAUAAAUCAACUCGCUAGCGAGCUUAGAAGGGUAUUUAUAAUGAAGUACG